GCAGGUUUGAAAAUAUGGUUGUGAAUCUCUGUCAGCCACACUUUGAGACAACAGUUCAUUGCAACAAGCUGUGUGCAGAUGGUUACGAUGUAACAAACCUUGUGUCACCUGAUCCUGCUCUUCGGAGGCGGGGCUUUAAACUUGAAUACUUUCUACGUCCACCACUGCAGGUGACAUUAAAGUUCGGCUUCCAGGUGGAGCUGUGCAGGGUGGAUUUGGAGCUGUGGCCAUGGGGAAUGGACCUAGGACAGGCCUGCAAGAAACUGGAGAUCAGCACCACCUCUGAACGGGUUGAGCGAACGGACCACAAGAAGGUGCAGCUGAAGGACCAGGAUGACAAGAACCAACACAAACAUCAAAAGGGUGGAAAUAAAUCUCAGCAGACUAAUGGCCAUCGGUGGACGCAGCUUUCCCAACAGUGGGCUGAGCCUCAACAGACGGGCAGAGCCUUCAAUUGUCAGUCAAACGCUGAAUCCAAUUGUGAGCCAGAGUUUAAGCUGGUAGGUCGUUGUGAAGUUAGGGAAGAAACACAAGUCUGUUUCACUUCUUCACAUUUUCAGCCCCGGGCACCGUUCCGUUCCCCUCCACCUCCAGCACCUGCAGACUGUCGGCAGGUGGAGCUCUGGAGUCGGGGGCUGCCCUCGUUGGGCGCGGUGACACAGCUCCGUGUGACUGUGCCGUACGGGGGUUCGGCAUCAUCUCUGGGUCUCAAAGCUUUGACUGUGUGGGGUCAACCUUCUCGCUUCUGCCCCACAAAAGAAGUGGAGAGGAUCAGAAUAAUCCAUGAGGGCAGUAAAAGACAACUGCAGCGACCUGCUUUUUUUGCACUUUCUGACAGACAAACCACGCGGCCGCCUGAGUCACCGCAAACACCAAGCGUUUCCAUACCAGAAGAUUUCCUUGAUCCACUAACACAGGAAGUGAUGAUGCUGCCCAUGCUGCUUCCCGGUGGGGUGUCGGUGGACACCACCACCUUGGAUGAGUACCAGAAGAGGGAAGCGUCUUGGGGCCGACAGCCUAACGAUCCCUUCACCGGCGUCCCCUUCACUUCCGUAUCCUACCCUCUGCCCAACCCUCAGCUGAAAGGCCGCAUCGACCACUUUCUCCUGCAGACGGGCAUCACGAGGAGGGACGGGGUGGUGGGGAGACAGGACCAAGGAGAGAAUCCACAAGCCUCCAGACUUGUAACCUCCGUCAUACAUGGACAGUCCCAGAAGUGUCCUGGUCUCAUUACAAGUUCAGCAAACUGCUAUCAACUCAGUUCUGAUGGUUCAGUCCAGCAAGAAAGUUCAUUAUCAAAUACUCAGAAUUCCACAUCAGAGGUCCAGUUUCUUUCCACAGAUAAGUUAGACAGAAGAGAACAAAGUCCAGGUGACAUUUCUAAAGAAUCAGACAAACUAUUAACAACCAUAAAUGAGCUGGAACCUCAAACAAAACGACUAAAAAAAGAUUCAGUUUCAGGCCCCAGCUGCAGCUCUCACGAGCAGCGUUUGUCAGCUAGUCUGGACGAGGCCCUCCUCUCCGCCCUGAGGGGCCGGCCCUCCUUCACCGCAAACUUGACCCAUAACAAAGAGGCUGCCUCUGAUCCCGACCCACCCAAGACCCAGCAGUGCCAAAGUUCAGGCCUCCCCGGAACCUCCACAGGUGAGGUGUGCUCGGGGUGUUCCUCUUCAGUCUCCGUUUACUCGACAUCGUCCUCAUCCAUCUACCGUCUGAUCUGCGGUCACCUGUUGUGUCGUACCUGCCUGCAGAAACGAUCAAAACUGCCAAACUCUUCCGUUGCGUCAACACCGGGUCGUGUUUUCUGUCCUACCUGUAAAAGCCCAACCACACGCAGUGACAUCAUGCGUGUGCAUCAUUGACAGAUGAGACGAGACAAGGUGACGCAUUGAAGCAAAGGUGUAUUUGAUUUCAAAUGUUUAAGAAAAACUGAAUGUUGUGAUCCAAGGCUUGUUGUAUAAGUUUGUAUUAUUUUUUCAUUAAAAGCUAAUUGGAAGAAAAUUGAUGCAUGGAUGGAUGGAUGGAUCUAUUAAAGGUGCAUUUUGAGGC